AUGCUGGUGACCAUCCUUCUGGUGACGACGACGACGCUAGCGUCGAGCAUCGAGGCAGGAGCAGAGCCACCUCGACUUCACCCCUUCGCAUUUCCCAAGGACCAUCCUCUGGGACAGGCUAUCGCGGUCACCUGCAUCGCCAGCCAAGGCGUGCAGCCGCUGCAUUUCGAGUGGCUCAAAGACGGCCGACCGCUGCCGAUUCAGGGACACAAAGCCAACUCCAAAAUGGUCACCGCGUCGGUGUCCCUCCUCACCGUGAUCGACGUCGGUGCCGAGGACGUUGGCAACUAUACGUGCACCGCUACCAACGCCGCGGGAAGCGACGGCUUCACGGCAGAGCUCGCGGUAGCCGAAGCCCCGAAGCUGCAACCCGUGUACAUCGCCAAGGAUCACCCCCUGCUAGAAACCCUCGUGGUGUCCUGCAUCGCCAUUCGGGGAAGCCAGCCGCUCAAGUUUGCCUGGUUUAAGGACGGCCAUCCCUUGAACGAGGGGACCAGGGCGAUGCCUCGGUCGCUGACGGAUACGCUGUCGACGCUCACCAUUCCGAAAGUCACCGCCGAAGACGUGGGCAACUAUACGUGCCGCGUAUCCAAUGCGGUCGGGAGCGACAGCUACAGCGCCGAACUGCUCGUCACAGAUCAACCACGAAUGCAACCGUUCGCCUUUCCGCCGAACGUCAACGCCGGCGAGGAGGUCAGCGUCACGUGCGUCGCUGCGCUCGGACGGAAACCCUUUCGCUUCGACUGGGAACACGACGGCAGGGUUCUCGCGAACGGCGCGAGGAAGCACUCUCGAGUGGUCGUCGACAACAUCGUGACGAUGACCAUCGAGCGGGUGACCGCCGAGGACGUCGGAAACUACACUUGCACAGUCACCAACGAGUUCGGCAGCGACAGCGCUAUAUACGGCUGCGUUGAUAGUGGAAGGGUUGCCAACUUUCGGGUGGACAUAGUCGGGGAUGGGCUGGCGACGACCGGCCCAAACGCCGUGCUCGGACAGAAAGCCACAGUCACGUGCGUCGUCUCAAGAGGCGCGGGUCCCUUUCGUUUCGCGUGGACGCACGACUCGAACCGAAUCGACAACAGCCCCAGGAGGCACGUCAAGGUUCUCACAGAAAACGUGGCCGCUCUGACUGUCGAGGCCGCGACUGCCGAGGACGUCGGCAACUACACGUGCACGGUUUCGAACGCCGCAGGGAGCGCGAGCUACACCGCCGCUCUCCGUGUAGAAGCGCCGCCGAUGAUCAUGCCCAUCUCCUUAGCCAACAAUAUCGCCCUGGGCGAGAAGAUCCUGCUCACUUGCGCCGUGACGCGGGGAACGGCACCGUUCGAAAUUCGCUGGACUCACGAAGGCAGGCCCGUUACAAACACGAAGAACAAAUACGCCGCUCCCUUGACUGGCAGCAUCGCGACACUGACCAUUGAAAAGGUGACGGCCGAGGACGUUGGAAACUACACCUGCUCCGCCAGCAACGACGUUGGCAGGGACACAGUUACAGCGACGCUGAUGGUAGAAGAGGCUCCCCAGAUUCAGCCGUUCUCUUUUCCAAAGGAUCCUCGGGCAAACUCCAAGAUGGUCAUCUCUUGUAACGCCCACGUGGGAACGGAGCCGAUCACUUUUGUCUGGCUUAAGGACGGCCACGAACUGAGCUCCGGAACCAAGGUCAAGCAGAAGACGGUUACCGAAACUGUGAGCAUGCUGAUCAUACCAGAAGUAUCUUCCGAAGACAUCGGUAACUACACCUGCGAAGCAACCAACCGCUUCGGCCGGGACACAUUCACGGCGGCACUGCUGCUCACAGAAUCGCCCAAAAUACAGCCGUUUUUCUUUCCCAAGAACCACCCGGUUGGAAAAGACGUAACUGUGACCUGCUUCGCAACAGAAGGUGCGUUGCCGCUGACAUUUCAGUGGCUCAAGGAUGGAGAAAUAUUGGCCGGUGGCUCAAAGUUCGCCGUAAAGAACCCGCUCGAGAAGAUGUCCACACUCAUCAUACACCAAGUUUCGGGAGCUGACAUCGGCAACUACACCUGUCGGGUGUCAAACGAGGCCGGAAAUGACGUGUUCACCGCAAGCCUCGUUGUAACCGUCGAAGCGCCCAAGGUACAGCCGUUCAGUUUUCCCUCAACCAAGGCGAUGCCGAAGAAAGUCAUCGUUCACUGUGCCGUGCUCGAGGGCACGGAGCCGCUGAAAUUCGUCUGGACGAAGGACGGGGUGCCGGUGGAGAACGGCCACAGGCUCCACGUCAAGCAGCAUUCGGAGACGCUGUCUUCGCUGACCAUCACGGACGUUGGAGCCGAGGACAUCGGCAACUACACGUGCACCGUCAGCAACGUCGCCGGGUCGGACAGUGCGACCUCGAAGCUGCUAGUCAAGGCACCUGCAGAUGCCCCCAGCGUCCACCCGUUCGCAUUCCCGAAGGAUCACCAAAGGGGGCGGACCGUAGCGGUCACGUGCAUCGUCAACCAGGGCACUCCGCCGUUCAGCUUCGCCUGGUCGAAGGACGGGCGUCCGCUGCAAGCUGGACGCGAGAAACCCGUGUCGAAGAUGAUCACGGAAUCGGUGUCCGUCUUGACGGUGCCCAACGUCGGCGCCGAAGACGUCGGGAACUACACCUGCAGCGCCAGCAACGCCGCCGGCAGCGCCAGCUUUACGGCGGAGCUCCUAGUCGUUGUUCUCACAGAGGCUCCCAGGCUGCAGCCGUUUUACUUCCCGAAGGAUCACCCGUUGCUCGAGACGCUCGUGGUGUCCUGCAUCGCGAUACGGGGCACUCAGCCGGUGCAGUUCGCCUGGUCGAAGGACGGCCUGCCCGUGGUCGCCGGAGGCCGCGCGGUGACCCAACAGUUGUCGGCGACGCUCUCGACGCUCACGAUUCCGACAGUCGCGGCGCAAGACGUUGGGAACUACACGUGUCGCGCUUCCAACGCGGUCGGCAGCGACAGCUACAGCGCCGAGCUGCUGGUUACAGAAAACGUGCACAGCACCGCAAAUGGAAAGGUGCUGGUUGGGCACUGCAAGGUUCAAGGGAGCACCGCACCGCGGCGCCACCUUGCCUUGCGCCAUGUGCAGUGGAGCACGGAAGUGCAGGGUGCAUCGCUGUACCUCGGUGAAUUGAAGGUGGAACCACCUGGGAUGCGCGCCUUAGACUUGGAGCGGCCCCUAGACUGA